AUGCUUGAAAUCAUAAGUGGGAGGAGAAACAAUAGCUUCUACAAUGAUGAUCGGAUGCUCAAUAUAGUAGGCUACACAUGGGAAUUAUGGAAAGAAGGUGCAGGGUUGCAGUUGAUGGAUCCAACACUAGGUGAUUCAUGCAAUGGUGAUCAACUGUUGAGAUGCAUUCAUGUUGGUCUACUCUGCGUGGAGGAACAUCCAGCCGAUCGGCCCACUAUGCAAGAUGUCGUUUCUAUGUUGACAAAUGAAAAUAUGUCACUGCCUGUACCUACAAAACCAGCAUUUUGCACAGAAAGAAAUGUGGUCACGACUGGCAUAGCUGGAAAGGGACCAGAACUGGUAUCAAUAAAUGGGCUGUCCAUUUCCGAUUUGGAUGGACAAAUGAAGCUGAUUUGGUCUCCCGAGAAUGCAACCAAGGCCUACAUCGACACCGUUCCAUCUACACCACACGUGUGUGUGGUCCCAGAUGACCAGUCAAGGGCAGUAUUUGUGACAGCAAUGAAAGAGGCAGGGAUGGCGCCAGAGGUUCUUGUUGGGGAGCCAGAGGAGGUCAUGGCCGAGCUUGUGCGGAUAGAUUUUCUGGUUGUGGAUUCAAAGCGCAAAGACUUUGCCAGAGUUUUGAGGCAGAGCCCUAGGGGUGCAGUUUUGGUGUGCAAGAAUGCCGAUUCAAGAAGUGCUUCUAGUUUCAGAUGGAGAAGUGUUGUGGAUUGUGGGUCAAGACGUAUAUACAAGUUUAGGUCACCAAACAGAAAGAUUAAAAAAAACACACUUGGAUCAAGACGUCUUAACCCACAAUGCACAACACUUCUCCAUCUGAAACUAGAAGCAUUUCUUGAAUUGGCAUUCUUGCAUACCAAAACUGCACCCCUAGGGCUCAGUCUUGCCUUCCUCAAAACCCUAGCAAAGUCUUUGCGCUUUGAAUCCAUAACCAGAAAAUCUAUCUCCACAAGCCCGGCCAUGACCUCCUCUGGCUCCCUAACAAGAACCUCUGGCGCCAUCCCUGCCUCUUUCAUUGCUGUCACAAAUUCUGCCCUUGACUGGUCAUCUAGGACCACACACACGUGUGGUGUCUGGCAAUUUCAAGCCCAAUGCUUGUUGUUGCAGUGA